AUGGAUCAAUCUAGAGACGAGAACGACAUUCAUAGAAUACAAGAAUUGGACGGCAACAAUAAUCAUGAUGGAAGCGAGGAUGAAACACAAGAACUUAAAUCAAACUCAAAAUAUGAUAAGAGAUUACUAAUCAAACUAGCGAUAUUAUCACUUGCAUCAUUUCCGCCUGAAGUUUUGUAUAAAUUUUAUAGCGUCUUUGCUGUACCGUUGCAAUUAAAACUAGGAAUACCUAUUGGACUGACACUGAUUCCUAUGAUUAUUGCAACUGUUAUCGGAUUAUUUUUAAGUCCAAUUAUCGACAUGGCAUGUUGUUUUAUACUAUUCGUACCGACUAGAGCUUUCGUAAUAGAAGCUGCUCCGAAUGAUAUGCAAGUUAUUGCUAACAGUUUAAUAACUUGCUCGGCAGGCAUUGGAACUAUUACCGUUACUGUGAUUAGUGGGAUUGAUUGGAGAGAAACGCCAUUAGCUAAAGUUUUCGGAGGACAAGUCGAAGUAGUUUUCAUUUUAAUAGCUACAAUAAGUAUUGUAGUGAUGUUAAUUGCUACAAUAAGCUAUACCGAGCUUCCAUACGCUAUUAUUGAUUCUACCGAAGCAUUAACCUAUAAAUUAUCAAGUAGAAAAAGUAGCAACGAUUUAAAAAUUUCUACUAUGGACAGUAAGACUUCUGAUUCUAUCCAGUCAUCUGUUAAACAAAACGAUCAGAUGGCAACAAUAAACGUUUCAACUGAAGAUAAACCACAAGCACUCACAGCAGAAGAAAUAAGUAGUUGGAAUCAUCUCUAUCAGACUUAUUACUUUGCUAAAACUAUGCCCAAGGAAUUAUUCAUCUUGUGGAUGAUAAGUUUCUUUAGCAGUUCAUCAUAUAUUGGAUUCACCAGUUUCUUAACUGAUUUUGUAGGCCAAUCAAUCUAUCAUGGUAAUCCUCUAGCAGCGGAAAAUUCGACAGCUUUGCAUCGCUAUAACCGUGGUGUCUCUGUUGGAAGCUGGGGCUUACUAGGCUGCACUAUUUUAUCCAUUGUAUAUUCUUUGGCGCUCGAGCGAAUAACAAAAUAUAUCGAUCGUAUUUUAGCGAUUGGAUUUUCAAUUGGUGGUAUCGGAGCAUUAGUCAUAGGACUAACCAAUCAAGUUAUCGUAGUCCUCUGUAUGGUUGCUCUUCAAGGAAUUGGAUUUUCUAGUGGUUAUACCUUAAUAUUUUCCAUUCUAGCUUCUUAUCAUCAUUAUUUCGCGAAAAUUAAAGAUAAUCGAUGGAAUUUUAGAGAACUUGGUUUAGAUGUCUCAUUAUUCUUUGUUGGUAUAAAUUUGGCCUGCAUCAUUACAGGUUGCAGUCUCGGCGUGAUAGUUUCCUUAGUUCAUUCAUCUAGAGCAGCUAUGAUUUUUUCCGGCGUUUUAAACGAAAUUUGUGCAGUUAUGUCUUUAUUCAUAUUCAGAGUGCCUAAUGAUGUGUGA